GCUGAUGGUUGCCUUGUCAAAUGGCAAUAGCUGGCGACUGGUUGCAGGGUCCAUAUGUUUAUUACCUUUACACUACUUAUGGCUUUGGGAAGGGGGAAAUUGGACAGCUCUUUAUCGCAGGAUUUGGAUCUUCCAUGUUGUUCGGUACAAUUGUUGGAUCUCUGGCAGACAAACAGGGACGCAAGAGAGCUUGUGUGACUUAUUGCAUAACGUAUAUAUUGAGCUGCAUAACUAAGCACUCUCCUCAAUACAAAGUUCUUAUGCUGGGACGUAUUUUAGGUGGUAUUGCUACAUCUCUUUUGUUUUCAGCAUUCGAGUCAUGGCUUGUGGCAGAACACUUCAAGAGGGGUUUUGAUCAGCAAUGGCUCUCAUUAACUUUCUCUAAGGCAAUUUUUCUUGGAAAUGGUCUUAUUGCUAUUAUCUCUGGGUUGUUUGGAAAUCUGCUUGUUGAUACCUUCAGUCUUGGGCCAGUAUCACCCUUUGAUGCUGCUGCCUGCUUUCUAGCUAUUGGAAUGGCCAUAAUAUUAUCAUCAUGGAGUGAAAAUUAUGGGGACGCUUCAGAGAACAAGGAUUUACUUACUCAGUUCAAGGGUGCAGCUGUAACAAUUGCUUCAGGUAGAUUUCGAGUUCUGCUCUAUGUUGUAUGAUGUACUCUUGGCUGAGGAAAUUUCUACAAUCUGCAAAUCUUUUAAGGAGUGGAUUGCAAAACUGAAAUCAUUUCAGUUUUUGAAUCCUGUCCGCCAAUUUUUCGCCUAGAGUAGAAAGAUUAAAAUUGCAUAUCCUGUAUUUCGUGUCACCAUUGUAGGUUUUGUCCACUAAGUCUUGUGUGGAUACUUUCAAGUCACAGAUCUGGCAUCG